UGAAAAGGACAAGCUCACAUGAAUUCAACCAGAAAAUUCAUGGGCCCAUCUCCCCUCUCACUCCCUUAUAAACAACCUACCAUUACUCUCUCUCUCUCUCUCUCCCUUGUCAUUUUGCUACAAUCAGUCGUCUCUCUAUUCCCAUUUGGUUUACAGUGAGGCAACAACAAUAACACCCUAUCAAGGCCCUCCUUAUGGGAACCCUCAUGGAGGGGUAGGAAAAGGAAGAAAGCAGAAACAAAUUAGACAAGCAUGUUUUCAUGAAUCUGAUCUCCCCAGCUGCCUAUAAUCUCCAUCACAAGACGUCGGAGCUAGUCAAGCAAGCUGAGCUGGUGAGUUCGUUGUAGCUACUAGUACACUCGAUAGCAAGAGCUAGCAGCACCUCACUGGUCUCAAUUGUUGAUGGAGUUCAAUUCUAGAGCAAGAUCGGAUGGGUUUUACAUGGUCGGCGAUGAUCAGGAGCCCAAGCAUAAUUUCCAUCCUUAUGCUUCCUCCUCCUCCUCUUCGGCUGGGCCGCUGCGGUGGCCGCACGUCGGUCAGUCGGCCGACGAGGCGGGGAGCUCUAGCAGCUUCUUCUUGGAGAAUAACAAGGAGCACAUGUUCGACAAGGUGGUGACGCCGAGCGACGUGGGGAAGCUGAACCGUCUGGUGAUCCCGAAGCAGCACGCGGAGAAGUACUUCCCGAUGGACACGGCGAGCAACGAGAAGGGGAUGCUGCUGAGCUUCGAGGACCGCACGGGGAAGUCGUGGCGCUUCCGCUACUCUUACUGGAACAGCAGCCAGAGCUACGUGAUGACCAAGGGCUGGAGCCGCUUCGUGAAGGAGAAGCGCCUCGACGCCGGGGACGUCGUCUCCUUCGGCCGCGGCAUCGGCGACGACCCGGGGGCGAGGGGGAACCUCUACAUCGACUGCCGGCGCCGCCACGAGAACCAACACCGCGACCGGAUCCCGCGACUACCGCCUCCCUUCCCCGGGGCGACCUCAUUGGCGGCGCGGCCGCCGUGGGCCGGCGCCGCCCGGCUCUUCGUCCCUCCCGAGGCAGCGAUGCACGACCACAGGAUCUAUCCCUACGGGCACCCGACCUCGUCCGGUCACUUUCUCUUUUUCGGGUCCCCGAUGGCCGCAGGCGGCCCGUCGCCGUCCCCGCAGCCGCAGCUCGUGGCCCCAUCGAUGGUCCUCAAUUCCCUUCCGCUUGCUCAGAACCAGGCGGCGGCCAAGCGCCUGCGGCUGUUCGGAGUCAACCUCGACUGCGGAGCCGAAUCUGACGGCGUCAGCAAUGCCGCCGCCGGCGAUCUAUCAGCGAGCAGCAGCACUACUACCGCGCCGCGGUUGCUGAGUUCUACGCGGCCGUUCGUCCCGUUCCCCGACGGGCCCUCGCAAGCUUCGUCGUCGGCGGCGCACAAGGAGCACCACUUGACGUUGGAUCUUGACUUGUAAAGAAGAACAGGAGAUCGAUCAAUUGAUGGGAAGACAACGUAAUCACGUACAUGUAUGAUCAUGGGCAAUUCGAUGCUGAACAUUAAUCGAUUUAGGAAAGCUAAUUACAAAAUAUAUUUUGAUAUGUUCAAAUAAGAUAGUUAAUAUGUAUGCUUGUUACUCCACUAGCAAGGAAUCAAUCAAUUCACAGAAGAUUAAUUAACAGAGAGAUAUAACUGAAGACUACUAUAUUUCUUGUCUCUUGAUUUAUUCUUCAUCCAUAAACAAACUUCUUUUCGCCUUAAUUUUUCUAUAAUGAUUAAGAAAACUGUCACUUUUCUUUGUU